AUGUCCGAUACAGGUAUUGGAGGUGGCUGGGGUUGUAUCAGAUCUGAGGAUUUGAUUGGUUGUUACCCCUGGUGUCGGGGGAUUUACCAUACCAUAGCAUACACAGACCUUGCAUUGGGCAAACAAAAAAAAAAGAAACCUGGAAAACGAGUAAAUCUCGACGUGGAACAACUCCUCACAAUUUUUUUAUUUUUUCAUCUUUACUAG